AUGACUGAAAGUAAACUGUUACUGAGAAGAUCAUCCGUUGAUAUACCUUACGGUUUUAUCAUACGACAUAUCUCAUUUUAUCCAUCUAAGGGCAGUUCAAUUGAGGGGAUGAAAUGUCCACAGAAACCAUUUUAUGUCUUAAUAAUUCUAAGUGUGAAACCAGCAAGUGUGGCGGAUAAAGCAGGUCUACGAACUGGUCAUCAGAUCAUCGGAAUGAAUGGACAUGGUGUCAACCGUUUGAAUUACAGCGAUGUUUGCCGAAUUACCGAAAGGUUAUUUAAGUUUGUGGUUAAAUUUUAA